AUGUCUUCAUCUAAGCCUUUCGUCCUCUUUUUCAAUCCCGUGAGUCACGCGGUGUCCUUCUAUCAGCAACUGCAGCAGGUUGCUCACACGGAGGUGGUCACGAGCAAAAGUCGGGAGGAGUUCUUCAAGGAUGUUGCAGACAAGUACAAAAACAUUUUUGCCAUUUACCGAACAUCUGCUAGUGGUGCAGUGGCCGGCAAAUUUAACGCGGAGCUAAUCAAACAUCUCCCGCCAAGCUGUAAAUACAUUUUCCAUAACGGAGCUGGAUACGAUCCGAUUGACAUCAAGGCGUGUGCUGAGAAGGGCAUCAUCGUCACUAAUGCGCCUGACCCAGUUACGGAUGCCACUGCUGACUUGGCCGUCUUCCUCCUACUGGGUGCAUUGCGGCAACUGAACCCUGCAAUCAGCUCUCUGCGCGCUAAGACUUUCAAGACGGGUGUUGAUUUUGGCCACGACCCUCAGGGGAAAACACUGGGGAUCCUCGGGAUGGGCCGGAUUGGACGCGCAAUCAAGCAGCGUUGCGAUCCCCUUGGCCUGGAGACAGUCUAUCACAAUCGCAACCCUCUACCAGUGGAGCAGGCGGCAGGUGCUGAGUAUGUUUCGUUUGAGAAGCUUCUCACCGAGAGCGAUAUCAUCAGCAUUAACAUUCCUCUCAGCGCAAGCACAAAGCACCUGAUUGGUGCAGCGGAGAUAGCCAAGAUGAAGCCUGGUGUUGUCAUCGUCAACACAGCAAGGGGUGCCAUCAUCGAUGAAGCUGCUAUGGCUGAUGCCCUGGAGAACAACCAUAUUGCCGCUGUGGGUCUAGACGUAUACGAGAGGGAGCCUGAGAUUAAUGAGAAGCUCAUGAAGCAAAGGCGUGCUCUCAUGGUUCCACACGUUGGAACACAUACCACCGAGACGCUGGCGAAGAUGGAGUCAUGGGCCAUGGAAAACGCGCGGCGGGCCAUUGUUGGCGAGGCCCUGCUGUCGCCUGUUCCGGAGCACCAAGGGCUUGCUGCAAAGAUGAACUGA